AUUCCUCCUCGUCUUCAGCUGCCUGGUGCUGUCGGUCUUCUCCACCAUCCAGGAGCACCAGAAAUUGGCCAACGAGUGCCUCUUCAUCCUGGCCCUGCUCGGCAUCUCCUUCUUCGCCCUGCCCGCUGGGAUCCUGGGCUCCGGAUUCGCCCUCAAGGUGCAGGAGCAGCAUCGGCAGAAGCACUUUGAGAAGAGGAGGACUCCAGCGGCCAACCUGAUCCAGGCUGCCUGGCGCCUCUACUCCACCGAUGCCAGCCGGGGGUACCUGACGGCCACCUGGUGUUACUACGACAGCCUCCUGCCCGCCUUCAGCCCCAUCUUUAGUGGUAAGAGGAGGCUCUUGCAGACGUGGGGCACGUGGAGAAGGAGGUACCGUGUGCUGCUGAGAGCCUCGGGAUGCAUGGAUGCACCCUCGGGAUGCAUGGAUGCAGCCCUGCCUGCGUGCCUGCGGCAUGGACGGGACUGGGACCGAGGCACAGGGGGUGGAGGCAGAACUGGGGAUCCUUCUGAGGACAGGGAGGUUGUGCAUGGCCUGGGCUGAGCUGUCCCGCUGUCCCUCAGUGCCUCAGUUUCCUCGUUGUAAUGUGGAUGAGAAUGGGUUGGCGGCAACCAUAUCUUGGAUAAAUCCCAUAAAUCCCAGCUGUGUGCUGCAGCCUGAUUGCUGGGACACAGCCCUUCCCAGCCUGGGAAUGUGUGGCAGCCCCACCUGCCAGCACGGGGAAGGGCUGGGAGCCCUGUGCCCUGCCAGGACCUUGCCUGUAUCCCU